AUGUCUUUAACAGAUCAUCAAACUGCCAUCGAAUUACACAAAUCUUCCGUGGAAUUAGAAACUCAACUUCGUUCUCUUUCAAAACACAAAUCUCCUUUUGACAAACAGAUUGCAACCUUACGUUCAAAAGAAGUCGAGGCAAACUUGUGGAAAUAUGUUUAUUACAAGGCUAUUGAGGAUUUCAGAAAGAAACUUCGUGCAAAUAAACUACCUCCUCGAAGGCUUACUACUGCAUUCCGGUCUUUUUUAUAUGAAGCAACAGGAUUUUAUUAUUUUUUUAUACAAAGACUUGCAAUUCAUUUUGAAUUAAGGCAAUUGUAUCCACUUAUCAAAAAAUACGGAUUGACCAUAGAUUAUAGUGAAGUAUCACCACAAUUAUACUCUGAUGAUAUUAAAAAACGAGCUAUAAUUAGCUGUCAUAAAAGUUUGAUUUUUCUUGGUGAUUUGGGUAAUCCUCAUAAUCAAUUAGCAGUUAUUGCUAAUUAUGAAUCUGAUAAUUUUUCAGCAGUUUAUCAUUAUUAUCGAAGUCUCGCUGUUAAGCACCCAUUUAUGACCGCUAAAGAUAAUAUUAGUUUAUUAUUCAACAAAGCAAUGAAAUCUACCAAUGACCAAUCUGACAUUUCAACGAAUGAAAGUAAUCAUCAUCAAGAAUACAACGGUUAUGAUAAUGGAAGGGGUGGAGUUGGUGGUGGCAGACGACGUUUCUCUAAUCAACGUCAAUCAGCCUCUUCAUUCACUUACUUGAACAAACCAAAAAUCAGCGAAAUUCUUAAUCCGUUCUUUAAUGAUUUUAUUAAGUUGCAUAGUGUUUUAUACUUGAGAGAUCAAUUGGAAUUGUAUCCCGAUUUGAAGAUGAAUGUUUUGAAUCAAUUAAAAGAGUAUAUACUUACACGUAUUUUGGAUUCUGAUCAAAUCCUUAAAAUUACAGCAAUAAACAUGUCAGCACUAUUUGUGAUUCGUUAUAUUAUAAAUGGAGAGAAUGGACAUAAUAAUGGUCCAAUAAUUACAACGGCAUACUCUCGAGCAUCUAAAAAGAUGCUUAUUGAGAAAUACGCAGUUUUAUUGGUUCUGGAUACGCUUAAAACUUUAUUGGACUUGUGCGUUUCUGAACUCGAGGAAGUUUCUAAUGAAAAAUCAAAUGAAAAUUAUGAUCAUGAUCAUAUGGGCGAGAAUAUUGCGGUUCAAAUCUUACCAGCACCUGUUAAAAGAAGUUUGCCAUCUUUACGUAUUGGUACCAAAUGGAUUCUUGCCAAUCUCCAAUAUUUAUCAUCGAUGACCAAUGAUAUUUCCAAAGAUUCCGAUGUGAAAGGAGAUUUAACAAAGAUAACUAUUUUUUGGGAAAAAUAUGCUAAAUUCAUGAAUUUGCUCGAGAAAUUGUUUCCUCAUGAAAAAGGAAUUCCACUUAGUGUACCAUUGAAAGAAGAUUUUGAAAUGAAUGGAUUUUAUAUAUUGAAAAAUUAUGUUUUUAUCAAUAACGAUCAAGUGAUGACACCGAGUCAAGAUGAACCUUUUGAAGAGUUUGAUAUGCGUAUAUAUGAUAUUUUUGUGGACGCAUGCAAAAUUACCGAAUCUGAGGUUUCCCAAUUAUUUCAUCUUAAUGGAGUUUUUAAUCAAGUAAUGACUUCAAUUGAUCAUCAAAAUGAAUUUUUUGAAAAAUAUGAUGCACGUAUUUAUGAUGUUUUUGAUAAUUCAUGUGAACUUGCAGAAUCUGAGCCAUGUUAUUUUAAUGAUGUUUUUAAUACCAAAAUACCAUCAGCUGAACUUGGGUCAGAUAUCAACAUUGUUGAUAACAAUCAUUUAUUAUCAUCUAAUAUUCCUAAUGGAUUGAAUCGAGAUAUAGUCAACAAUAAUGAUGGAGGCAACAAUAAUACCAAGAUCAACAAUCGUAAUAAUGUGGAUAGUAAGAUAUGCAUAAAGAAACGAGAGAACCUUAAACUUCGAGACGAAGACCUUGCGAAAGAAUACGGACUUGAUAGAAGUACAAUCACAAAAAUUUUAAAACAGAGAGAAAAGUGGUUGGCAAUCGACCCAAAUUCCAACUAUGCAAAACAAAAGACGCAGAAAUCACCCAAAUUCCCACAGAUUGAAGAUCAACUGGCUCAAUGGUUAGCUAGUCUUCCUAUGACACAUGGACCACCAAUAGCAACCCCUGAAAUAUCUUUACAAACCGUCAAUCCAACACAAUCGAUAACCGGUAAUCCCGUUUUAACACCAUCAGAGCAUUCAAAUUUCAACAAUACCAUGAAUUUAACUCCCAACUCAAAUUAUUCCCCAUCACCGUUAAAUACAUCAAGUCGAACAAACGGUGCAACUGGUUUAACAUUAAAUAAUGCUUCUAACUCUUCGUUUAUUGCGUUUGGGGCAUCGUCUCCCUCUCCUAUUGGGCCCUACACUCCUUCUAGGAUUUAUCCUGUUCCCACCCUAACCUCCACAAUCCUUCUUGAUAAUUCAGCCUUUAUAUUUUGUGAUUAUCAAAAUGAUGUUAUUGGAAUGUUUCAUACCACAAACGUUCUCAAUCAAUUCUUAGCGAGAUCUAAGAACCUUUUUAAUGCAGUUCACACAGCAAAACAAAAAAAGAAACUACAUUGUAUCUCUAUUGGCCUUUCCUUUCGACCAAAUUACCCUGAAGUAUCACCCAAUAAUCGAUACUUUGAAAAUUAUAAAAACUCGGGAAGGCUUGUAGAAGGAACCAAGGGAGCCGAAUUUAUUGAUGGACUACAACCAAGAGAGCAUGAUAUCGUAAUUCAAAGACGUCGUGUAGAUGCCUUUUAUAACACCGAUCUUCAAAUGAUCCUUGAGUCGCUUAAUAUUAAACACAUCAUUUUAGCUGGAAUAUCUACAGCAGACGUCAUACUUUCAACAAGUCUAUCAGCUGCUGAUAGAGAUUUAUGUGUGACUGUUGUUAGAGAAUGUUGUUUUGAAGGAAAUGACUUGGUACAGAAUGUUUUAAUGGAUGAAAUAUUCCCAAAACAAGGUGUUAUUGUGGCUCCAUUUCAAGACAUCAUAGACACCUUAAGAUCUGCUUAA